GUUCUCAACUGGUUUUGGAGUUACCGGUGGUAGUGCUUUGAUACAUGAAUUUUAUGCUAGAGAAGUUUCAAAUCCGGUUCAUUUGAUUGUUGAUACUGGAUUCAAAAAUGGCGAGGCUGCAAUUAAGGGAUUUGUCUCUAUUAAUUUAUCUCUUGGAGAUCAGCAACUUGCUGCACAAUUUCAAGAAAUUCCUUUGGACCUACGCAUGGUUGAGGCUGAACAAAUUGGUUUUGAUGUUCUUAAGCCAACAACAGUGGACAAGAUUCCCAAUGAUCUGGAAGGAAUGGAAGCUUCAAUGGAACGGUUGCUUGCUCUAUUAGAUGAGGUUUACAAAUAUGUUGAUGAUGUUGUG